AUUCACAAUACCGAUACAUGAGGUUGUUAAACCCGGAACGCUUUCUUUUCGUAUUCAAAUUUGCCGCCUGAGUCGCAACAGUAUUUUAGUGAUAAAACCAAAUUCCCCCGAACUUUCUUUCCAUCCGUAAGUUGUCGGAAAUCGAAACAAAAUGACUUGCAAGCGCCGCAAUGGAGGACGCUCCAAGCACGGGCGUGGACACGUGAAGCCCGUCCGUUGCACCAACUGUGCCCGAUGUGUCCCCAAAGACAAGGCCAUCAAGAAGUUCGUUAUUCGAAACAUUGUUGAAGCCGCUGCUGUUAGAGACAUCACCGAAGCUUCGGUCUACUCUCAAUAUGUUCUCCCGAAAUUGUACGCCAAGUUGCAUUACUGUGUCUCGUGUGCCAUUCACAGUAAAGUGGUGCGUAACAGGAGCAAGAAGGAUCGUAGGAUUCGAGUGCCCCCACAACGCAACUUCCCAGGACGUGACAAUACGCGAGCCCAGCCUCCACAGAGGAAAUAAUUUGGUAAUUUCUAAUAAACGGGAAAAAUCUUA